GGUUGAUUUCUUCCUACGACUAGACGCCUUCAGCAAGGCCGGUGUUGCUGUCGACAUGGUGGCGGAGGCGAUAACGAUUCAGAAGCGGCCGUUGCCGGCUUCUAGCGCGAGAGAGCAGCAGUUCUCGCAGAAGAAGUUUUUGAAAAAGACAGCGAGGGGCAAGGUGCAAAAGAUUCUCCGCGAGAGGUACCUUCGGGAUGAUAUUUCGUGUGGAAGGAGAGGGUGCGAGGUGUGCCGGCAGAAGAAUGUCGAGGCUUUGCAGAAGGAUCAGGGACUGGGGGAGAUGGGUUGUGCGGAGAGGAAAAAGGGUGACGCUCUUGGGAGGCAUUUCGUGGUCCUCGAUACUAAUGUCGUACUCCAUCAGAUGGACUUGCUGGAAUCGACACUCGGGAAAAUUCGCUCAUCUUCCUCAUCACCAGUGCCCAGCUUCACCAACGUCAUCAUCUUGCAGACGGUACUCGACGAGGUCCGGCAUCGCAGCCUCCAGCUCUACAACCGGCUUACUACCCUCAUCCGCGAGCCGGAACAGCACUUUUGGGUCUACUGGAACGACUUCAGCGCAGAGACCGCCACUGUACGGGAAGCAAACGAGUCGCCCAACGAUCGAAAUGACCGCGCAAUCCGACAGGCGGUCAAAUGGUAUGCUGGUCACUUUCGCGCCGCUUCCCUCAACGUUGUGAUGCUCAGCGACGACGUCGCCAAUGUGGCGAAAGCGAAGGCCGAUGGUAUUUUGGCGCUGCCGGUCCGUGAAUACGUCGAGGGCAUGGCGAAUGCACCUCAGCUCCUUGACCUCAUUGCGUCAAGGUCGCUGGACCACGCAGCUGAUGAGGGGGACGGAAAGAGGAAAGAGGCUAGCAUCUACCCUCCCCACCUCCCAAGCAGCGCUCUCAACGCCGGUCUCUCGACCGGCAAAUUCUCCUCUGGAUUCUUCAACGCCAAUCCAUACAAUUACCUCGAGGGAACUGUGCGAGUAACCGACAUGGACCGUCCGGUUCUGUUGGUGGGCAGGCAAGCCAUGAAUCGGGCUGUUGACGGCGACAUUGUUGCAAUUGAAAUGCUGCCCGAGAGCGAAUGGAAGGUCGAGGCCGAUGAGGUUCUCGAUGCAGAUGAGGUGCAGAAAAACGAAGGCGAGCAGGGCGACGAUGACGAUGAGGCGGGAGAGGCAAGCAAUCUGGCCGAUGACAUCGAAGAGAGGCUGGCUCGUCGAGAACGCAAAGGGGCAAGCGAAGGAGGUGGUGUCGCUCAGCCAACUGGCCGUGUUGUCGGCAUCGUAAAGCGGAAUUGGCGUUCGUACGUGGCCCAUAUCGAUUCGUCAAGAGUGCAUACAUCGGCUCUGUUGAGCAUGCAAGCCACGUCGCUAUUUGCAAUCCCUCUCGAUCGAAAGAUUCCUCGCAUUCGACUUCGCACUCGGCAGGCAUCGUCGCUUCUUGGCCAGAAGAUCCUCGUCGGUCUAGACGAUUGGCGGGAAUCAUCGCGAUAUCCUGAUGGUCACUUCGUCAGGGCGCUGGGCAAGGUUGAAAGUCAAGAGGCCGAACAGGAGAGCUUGUUGCUCGAGCACGAUGUACCCUACCGUCCCUUCAGCAAGGCCAUUCUCGACUGCCUUCCGCCUGAAGGCGACUCAUGGGUGGUGCCUCCCAAGGACGAAAGCCACCCGGCGUGGCGAGAUCGCGUCGAUCUGCGAAACGAGAACAUCUGCUCAAUCGACCCACCCGGAUGUCAGGAUAUCGACGAUGCGCUCCAUGCCAAGCGACUGCCCAACGGUAAUAUCGAAGCUGGCGUUCACAUUGCCGAUGUCUCCUACUUUGUCAAGCCCGACACACCAAUGGACGCAGAAGCCGCAUCCCGUGGCACGACAGUGUACCUCGUCGACAAGCGCAUCGACAUGCUUCCUCACCUCUUGGGAACCAAUCUCUGCUCGCUCCGUCCUCACGUCGAGCGCCUCGCCUUCAGCGUCAUCUGGGAGCUGGACCCAGAGACGGCAGACACGGUCAGUGUGCGGUACCACAAAAGUGUCAUUGCGAGCAAGUCGGCUUUCACCUAUGAAGAAGCUCAGCUCCGCAAGGACGACAAGACACGCAAGGAUGACAUCACCGAGUCUAUCCGCUUGCUUAAUCACGUUGCCAUCAAGCUCAAAGAGAAGCGGAUGAAGGCUGGUGCCUUGAAUCUUGCCAGCCCGGAGGUCCGCAUUCACCUGGACAGCCAGGAAGCCGCGGGACCCAUCGACGUCGAGCAAAAGGAGAUGCGCGAGACAAACAGCCUCGUCGAGGAAUUUAUGCUCCUCGCCAAUGUCGCUGUUGCCAGGAGGAUCUACGAGGCUUUUCCUCAAACGGCCGUUCUGCGAAGGCAUUCUCCUCCGCCCGCGACCAACUUUGAGACGCUGAAAGAGAUCCUCAGGAUACGAAAGGGGCUCGACCUCGACGUCUCCUCGAGCGGAGCGCUGGCCGAUUCGCUCGACAAGUGCAUCGACACGGCGGCAGCCGACGGUGGAAAGACGUUCAACACGCUUGUACGAAUCAUGGCGACCCGUUGCAUGCUUUCUGCUGAGUACUUUUGUUCGGGCACUGUGGCGAGAGACUCGUUUGGCCAUUAUGGUCUGGCCUGUGACAUGUACACGCACUUUACGAGCCCGAUUCGACGGAUGGCCGACGUGCUGACACACCGCCAGCUUUCGGCUGCCAUCGAAUAUGUGCCACUGCAUCCAUCGCUGCACGACAAGGGCUUCGUCGAGCGGCUGCUCAAUGGCGUCAACAAGCGACACCGAGCUGCACAGAUGGCGUCGAGAGCCAGCGUCGAGUACUAUGUCGGUCUAGCCAUCGCGAGGAGGAACGAGGAGAUGGGCGGUGGCACGACGGUGGGCAAGGACGAAAUCAAGCUCGUCGAAAGGGCCUAUGUUAUCCGAGCGUUCCGUAACGGCGUCGCCGUCUACGUUAACAAGUGAGUGCUUUCUUUUCUUUCUCUUUUUUUCACCUUUCGCUGACUCUCAUCUUGCACAGAUUCGGUCUCGAGGGUCUUGUGACGUUCAA